GUCGCAUUCACGACAUUGCGCUCUACCAAUUUUCCUUUAUAGAUCUACAAGUACAGAUUUAGAAGACGACUUCCAAACAUCAUGUUCAUGUUCAGAAACUUCCAAAAGAAAAACGAGGAGCUGGUCUUUAUACAUGAUAACAUGUAUAAAGUUAUUCCUGACAUCCCGGUGACACAGGAAUUGUCGAUCCCAAAGGAAGUAAAACAACCACCAAUGAAGGGCUCGGGGAAGAAAUAUGAAGUAUUACCCCACGUCGGGGACUUCCAGCCUCUGUCUCGGGACAAUACCACAGCGAGGCUCAAUCCAUGUAUUGAGGCCUUGCCCGAGACACCAGCAAAGAAGUCCCGAGUUCCCCUCGCUUGUCUUGCUAUGGAAAAGAUUCAAAAGUCCAUUAGCAAGGCAGAAAAGAAAGAAAAGAAAAAGAGGAAGAAGACUCCAAAACCCCCUCCAUCUGCCCCGCCAGAAGACAUCUAUAUCAUGCCACAAGUUUUUAUUCCUCAGCCUCCGCCCUACCCCCUGGAUCCAACGAAGGCGAGGAGAAUUGUGAAAAUCAAAAAACCCUCCGGUAUCCAGUGUAUGGAUGUAGAGCAGUAUAUUGCCCACGUCACUUCCGGUUACUGGGCAUGAUUAUCAUUGCCGGGGUUUGGGGGAUACGUCAUCCGGGUACAGGUGUGUGGCUGUGGGCACAUCAGUGCUUCAAUUGGCUAACGAUCUUAAUGCCAGGACGUUCGCCUCUCUGGUGGCCAAGGCUGGACUA